AUGGCAUUAGUGACUGUGCAGAGGAGUCCCAGUUCCAAUAAUUCGCCGAACGAAGAAAACUCAACAUUUGAAGAUGAUAUCGACUCGAACAAGAAUCCAAAAAGCCUCAGCGAAUGCUACUUCGCCGGCAAAGGGACGGCCCUGGUCCUGCCGGAGGCGGACGCCGCCUCCAAGGCGCCCGGCGCCCUUUCCGUCACACACAAAUCGAACGGCCGCGCCAAUUGCGGCGCCGGCGGCGCCGGCCUCCGUUCGCAGGGCAGCAGCACCAUACAGAAGCACCUGCAGUCCAUGUUCUAUCUGCUCAGGCCCGAGGAAACGCUCAAAAUGGCCGUGAAACUGGAAAGCGUCCAUUCGGUUCGAACCAGGUACCUGGUGGUAGUGUCGAGGAUGGGCGCCCGGGGCGGCGAGGAGUCCUGCAUUUUGGGCAUCGAUUGCAACGAGAAAACCACCGUCGGGCUCGUUCUCAGGGUAUUGGCCAAUACUCGCAUCACAUUGGACGGAGACGGCGGUUUUAGCGUCAGCGUCUGUGAUAGACAUCAUAUUUUCAAACCUGUUUCCGUACAAGCCAUGUGGUCGACGCUGCAAACGCUGCACAAGGUGAGCGCGAAGGCCCGCGACCAGAACUACUUCCAAGGCGGGCUGAGCCACGCUUGGGCCGAAUACUAUGAGAACAGGAUCGAAUCGGACCGGUCCUGUCUCAACGAGUGGCACGCCAUGGACAAUCUGGAAUCGAGGCGGCCGCCGUCGCCCGAUUCGGUGCGCACCAAGCCCACCGAACGCGACGAGACCGAGAAGGUGAUCAGGGCGACGCUGAAGGAGAUCAUGAUGUCGGUGGAUUUGGACGAAGUCACCAGCAAGGUGAUCAGGAGCCGGCUGGAGGAGGAGCUGGACAUGGAUUUGGGCGAAUACAAAUCGUUCAUCGACCAGGAGAUGCUGGUCAUUCUCGGCCAGAUGGACGCGCCUACCGAAAUCUUCGAACACGUUUAUUUGGGUUCCGAAUGGAACGCUUCCAAUUACGAGGAAUUGCGAAGGAACGGUGUGGGACACAUACUGAACGUGACCAGGGAAAUCGACAAUUUCUUCCCGGGCGCGUUCGACUACCUCAACGUGCGCGUAUACGACGACGAAAACACCGAUCUACUGAAGCACUGGGACGACACGUUCAAAUACAUCACGAAAGUCAAAGAGCGCGGCUCCAAAGUGCUCGUCCAUUGCAAAAUGGGCGUCAGCCGAUCGGCCUCGGUCGUCAUCGCGUACGCCAUGAAGGCGUGCAAUUGGGACUUCGAUACGGCCCUCAGGCACGUCAAAGAGAAACGCACCUGCAUCAAACCGAACACGAAUUUCCUGUUGCAAUUGGAAACCUACCAAGGCAUCUUGGACGCCAUGAAGAACAAGGAGAAACUGCAGAGAUCCAAGUCUGAAACUAAUCUCAAACCGCCCGGCGACGGCGGCGCCAAAGGCGAUAAAAACGCUUCGAAAAACGAAACGCCGUCGGACGCGCAAACUCUAUCGAAAUCGUUCCUAACCGACGGCGUUCUAUCGGGCAGAGAACUCAGAAUCGCCGGAUCCCGUCCGAAAUCCUGGUCGCCCGACAACCAAACGACCAAAGACGCGUCGGAGGUGCCGACCAAAUCGCCUCUAUCCGUUUCCCUCGAAGACGUCAGCCAGAAAUCCGCCUCGAAGGAAUCGAUCAAACCGCUCGAAACCGCAUCGAAAUCGCAACUGGCCCGACACGUUCUCAUGCCCUGCGACAACGGCGAAACCUACAGCGUGUCGCCCAAUCAAAUCGUCCACCUGCCCGACACCAAUCCGUGCAAGUGCGUCGAACGGAAGGCCACCGUCAUGGACAUCGCCAGCCAAUUCGAGAAAACCAGUGAGGAACUGGCCAAGGCGGCCGGUUCGAAAACGGACACUUGGGACCCGGGCGAGGCGCCGCGUCUACACCGCGACAUCACCACCACCACCACCACCACCACCACCACCGACGAUACCUGUGUUAGUAGUUUAAGUGACAACCGAACGGCGUGGACGUCUUCGAUCCGCACCGGCACCGACGGCGAUCCGGACGCCGUCGAUCCGUUCUCGAAUCGCCUCGACGGCGUGUUCGAGCGCGAAGAGGACAAGAAACGGCCGGCGUCGUCGGCGUCGCGCCAGAGCUCGUGGAGUUCGUACGAUUCGGCGGUGGCGUUGGGCUAUCACCGGGAGCCGUCGGAGUUGUCGCGGCACAGCUCGUGGGGCUCGGGCGAUACUACGCGGACGGCGCCCAGCCGGAACAGCUCGUGGGGCUCGUACGACAUGCGACAGGCCAGAGGCGGCGGCGCCCACGGACGAUACAUCAACGAAAAAGAUUUGACGGAAAGCACCGUAGAAGACGAACCGAUCAAUUCCAGUGCCAUAUCGAACAAAAUCGACAUACCCGUCGACGAGCACCAGCAGGCGAUAUCGGCGAGGUUGUCGGUCAGCGCUCCGGAACCCUCUUCGAUGGAGCUCGUCCAGCCGGAGGAAUCGCUCUCGCGAUCGGCUUCGAACGUCUCCAAAGACUCGGCGGUGGUCAACACGGCGCAAUGUUCCUCCGUCAAGCGACACAAAACGUACCUGGAGAACCUGCGGAACGUCCGAACGUCGACGAGGAAGCCGGACGAUCUGCUCGACGGCGCCGCCGCCAACAACUCGGGCAAAGUGAAGAACCUGAAGAAGGAGUUUGAGGCCAAAUCGGAGCAAAUCGAUGCGGCCGAGAAGAUGACUGCGAGCCACCACCACAACCAGCAGCAGCAGCAGCUGCAGCAAUCGCAGGUGCAACCGGAGCAAAACAGCGUCGACGACGUGAACCUGCGCAACCUGAUCGGCAUGUUCGAGAGCAACGGCGAGGAGAUUGGGCGGGCGACGCGCUGCAGGAGGAAGCAGGACAACAACGUGCGGUACUCGUGCAUCGAGGUGUCGGUGAACGAGGCGCCGCGCAUCUUGCGCGCGCCGCUCGUCGCGAAUUUGCGCAGGACGAACGCGACGGCGGCGGCGGCGGAGGAGAAACGGCCGCCGGCCGGGCCGGCGUCGAGGACGGCGUCGCCGGGAUUGGUGGUGGCGGCGACGGUCAUCACGGCGGCCAAUAAGAAGAAGCAACAGCAACAGUACGGGAAGAGCCAUCCGUUGGCGAAGCUGAACGUGCCGCCCGGUCGGAAUAGUCCCGUUUACAAUACCAUGUAG